AUGCAGGUGGAGAUCCCGGGACAAGAACAAGAUGGCUAUGAUGCAGAACCCAAUUUCUUCCAAGGAAUGCAUCAACAUUCUCAGAUUUCCAGGCCAAGACUUCAACAGCGCCCUGGGCGCCUCAAAAGGCUCAGGCUCGCUAUGACGAGGAGGCCUCAGGAAGCUCCUGCACCUGCACCACCCACCGCCUCACCACCAGUCGCUGUCACUACCACCAUCAAAACUCACCUACGACACCUAUUCACCCGGUCACCCCAUCGUGCAACGACGCCCGUUGUCGAUGUUCCAUUCGCGAAGGCUAAGGAGCGUAAUGCUGCUGCGGGUGCUCCUGGCAAGGACCCAGACAUCGUACCUGAUGAAUAUCUCGACGCCGUUGAACCAGACCCUGAUACGCAACAGCGACAGCAACCAAACCAGCAAGCAGUAGCAGUACAUAUAGACCCUGGCGAACAUGGAGGCGGGAAGUCCUGUGUCUGCUGUUAGCACGUUUCGAUGUCCCUCGGACAUUUUGGUUCUACUAUCACUUGCGUUGUGACAUUUACGCGGACAGCUCUCAUUUUAUCGAUGGGUAAUGAAUAUCCUUCAGAAUUUUUACAACGAGCAUAUUCAUACAAUCAAACCUCCUGUAGCUAGAUGAAUAUAUACGUUUAGAGGGCAU